AUGAAUCAUUCUCUACUUGAUCAAUUACCUGUCGUAAUUUUACAUAGUCUAUUUACAUAUUUGCUAGUUGAAGAGAUCUUAUUCUCAUUGUUGAACAUUAGUCCGUAUCUAAAUAAAGUAAUAAGAUUAUAUCCCAAUCAUCGACUUAAUUUCAAAUCAAUUCUUCGAUCUAAUUUCGAUCUUAUUUGUCAAUAUAUAUCACCUGAUCAAGUUAAAAUAUUAAUAUUGUCUGAUGAAAAAGAUACAUCUGGUCAAUCUGAACUUUUUUUAUCUCAUUUUCAAAUCAAUCAAUUUAUUAAUCUUCAAACUUUAAUAUUAAUUCAAAUAGAAAAGAAAUCAUUAGAAAUAAUUAAUCUACAUUUAAAUAAACUUCAUUAUCUUCGUUCAUUGUUCUUGAACUCUGAAAUAACUAUUCCACUAUCUCUACCACUUGUUAAUCUUCGCUACUUGAAACUUUCACAAUAUUCACUUGAUCAAUUAAAAAAUAUUUGUUUCACAACACCACAACUUAAAACAUUAAAUGUUACUGUCAUACAUCGAACAUCGAAAUUUGAAUUUCAAUGUCAACUUGAUUAUCUAACUCGACUUGUUCUACAAAUUGUUGGUUUUCAUGUAUCAAUGGAUGAAAUAGAAAAAUUUCUAAACAAUUUUUCUCAUUUAAAACAUCUCGAAUUACACACAAAGUGUUAUGCUGAUGUUGUUAAUGGACAUCGGUGGAAAAUAGUUGCAAAAGAUUUAAUUACAUUAAAAUUUAUUUUCAAUAUCGAAGUUGAUUCAAUCGAAGAAAUUCUUGAUACAUUUCGAACUUCAUUUUGGUUGAAUGACAAACAAUGGUUUGUAGCUUAUGAUAAUAAUCAUCUUUUUACAAUACCUUGUUCUAUGUAUAAACAUGUUAAUGAAUUCUUUCAACCACCAAAAUAUACAAAUAUUUUAGAAAAUACAAUCUUCUAUGAUCAUGUUAGAAAGUUAACAUUAAAUUUCCAUUUAAUUAAAACUUCUCAUCGUUUUAUAAAUAUUACUACAUUAGAGAUUGGAUAUAAAUAUAUUUCAGUAGAAAUUCUUUCGACUAUUGUUAAUCUAAUUGGAGUGAAAAAUUUAACAUUAAAUUCAUCGAUAAAUAAGUCAAAAAUCAAAUAUCUUAUUAAUAAUAUGCCUUAUCUUCAACAUUUAUCAAUUGAUACUUUAAUGACAGAGAUAAACUAUGAAUAUUUUGAAAAUUCUGGAAGAAAUUUUGCGGAUUUUAUCGAAAAAAUAAAAGAUCUACGAUUUGAACAAAUUCGUACAUUAACAAUAUCGGAAUAUCAUAUUAUUGGUGAUUCAUAUACUAUUCAUCAGCUUUGUCACCUUUUCCCAUAUAUUGAACGAUUAAAUGUAUCAAUUGGACAAAUAAAUAAUAUAAUUCAAUUAAUUAAUAGUUUUAAAUAUUUAUCAAGUGUUUCAUUUAUUUUGAAGUUUUUGUCCAAUGAUGAAAGAAAAUAUUAUAUAUUAAAACCUGAAUCAAUCAUUGAUCGUAUUCGAUCAUCACUUAUGUCGACAUUUACAUAUCAUUCAGAUGAUUUUUGUCUUCAUAUGUGGAUCAAAAAAGAAGUAAGUAUAUCGAAUAUGUAA